AUGCAUGGAAGGUUAGCGCCUUGCCUGCUGGUGGCUCUGCUCGUCACCUGCUGCUCCUCCUCGGGGAUUGGCAGCUAUGGUGGAGGGGGCUGCAUUGGAGGCCACUGUGGAGGAGGCAGCGGAGGGUUCGGUGGAGGAAGGGGUGGUGGAGGCUACGGUGGAUCAAGCCGAGGUUUCGUCAGCGUCUCUCACUCCGGCUCAUCACGUGGAGGCUAUGGCGGCGGAAGAGGCAGAGGUGGUGGUAUUGUAGUGACCUCAGGUGGAGGAGGUGGAGGCUACGGUGGUGGAUCAUUCGGCAUCGGCAGCGGAGGUGGUGGAUUCGGAGGUGGAUCCAUCAUUGGUGGUGGAGGAGGUGGAGGCUACGGAGGUGGAAGAGGUGGAAGUAGCUCAGUAGUGGUCUCAGGUGGAUCCGGUGGAGGAUACGGAAGUGGAUCAGUCGGUAUCGGCGGUAUUGGAGGUGGAGGAUUCGGAGGUGGAUCGGUCGGUAUCGGCAGUGGAGUAGGUGGAGGAUACGAUGGAUCAAGUGGUGGAUCAGCCAUCAUUGGUGGUGGUGGAAUUGGAGGACACGGAGGUGGAUCAGUCGGCAUAGGCGGUGGAGUAGGUGCAGGAUACGGUGGAUCAGUCAGCAUCGGUGGUGGAGGAAUUGGAGGUGGAUCAAGUGGAGGAUACGGUGGAUCAAGUGGAUCUAUCGGCAUCGGAGGUGGAGGUGGAGGAUACGAUGGUGGAUCAAUCGGCAUCGGCAGCGGAGGUGGUGGAUUCGGAGGUGGAUCAAUCGGCAUCGGAGGUGGAAGUGGAUACGAUAGUGGAUCAAUCGGCAUCGGAAGUGGAGGAUUCGAUGGUGGAUCAAUCGGCAUCGGAGGUGGAGGUGGAUACGAUGGUGGAUCAAUCGGCAUCGGAGGUGGAAGUGGAGGAUUCAGUGGUGGAUCAUUCGGCAUCGGAGGUGGAGGUGGAUACGAUGGUGGAUCUGUCGGCAUCGGAGGUGGAAGCGGAGGAUUCAGUGGUGGAUCAUUCGGCAUCGGAGGUGGAAGUGGAGGAUACGGUGGAUCAGGUGGAUCUAUCAGUAUCGGAGGUGGAGGUGGAUACGAUGGUGGAUCAAUUGGCAUCGGAGGUGGAAGUGGAGGAUUCGGUGGUGGAUCAAUCGGCAUCGGAGGUGGAGGUGGAUACGAUGGUGGAUCAAUCGGCAUCGGAGGUGGAGGAUUCGAUGGUGGAUCACUCGGCAUCGGAGGUGGAAGUGGAAGCUACGGUGGAUCUAGUGGUGGAUCAGUCGUCAUCGGCGGUGGAGGAGGUGGAAGCUACGGAUCAAGUGGAGGAUUCGGAGGUUCAUCACUCGGCAUCGGAGGUGGAUCCAUCAGCAUUGGAGGUGGAGGUGGAAGCUACGGUGGUGGAUCAGGUGGAAGUGGAAUCGUCACCAGCAGUUAUGCAGUUCCCGUGGUCACUUCAGGAAGAGGGAAAUACUAG